AUGAAAUCUAAAAAUAUCAAUAAAUCAAAUAUAGAUAGUGCACAAGAAUGUAAAAAUGAAGAAAUAGAUAGAGAUUAUUACAAUAAUAUAAAAAAUUGUGCAACAGAUUUACAGAAUUUAUCAUUAAAUUUUUUCCCUUCUAUAAAUACAUACAGUUGCAUACCUAAGUUAAAUGCUAUUAAUGCUAUAACAUUUCAUCCUUGUAUUUCAAGCAAAGAUUAUUAUAAUAAUACAUAUUCCUUUAAACCGUUAUUUACUCAUCAUUUUUUUAGUGAAAGUGAACAAGUUAUUGGUUUCGAUAGCUUAAAAAUAGACUUUUAUUAUACAUGUGAUAAUUGCGAAGUAUUUAUGAAAUUAAAAGGAUGCAUAUGUGAUCAAUAUGAAAAUUCAAAUCAUAUUAUGUUAAUGCUUUUGCAAAAUUUAUAUAUAACUACACCCUAUCCAGGUGGAUUUAUUGAAACGGAAGAAGAAUUUUUACGUAUUUUAAACAGAAAUGAAAAAAAUGAAAUUGUAAAAAGUAAUAAAAUGAAAAAGAAUGUAAAAGAAAAUAUUCAAAGUGAUAUUUAUAAACCACCCGGUUUUAUUAUUUAUGAAAAAGAAAUUAGUGACGAUGUAAUUUUACAAAUAAGAAAAUGUGGUUUUUCCUCAAUGUAUUUUAAAAAAGAAAAUUGUAAUGCAACAACAAAUGAAGAAAAAGAAAAAAUUUUGUAUAACAAUUCACAAAGUAUAUAUGAUCGUCUAUCAAAAAGUAUAUAUUUUGAUGGUGAUACAAAUGAAAAAAGUGUAACUUCUAAUAAAGAUAAUGAUAAAAAUAAAAAUAAUUUGAAUAAAAUUGAAAAAAAUGCUCCUAAAGUUAACAUAAACAAUGAGAACAUUGAUAAUAAUGAAAAUGAGAAAAUUGCAAACUUUAAUAAAAAAAAAGAGGAAAAUACUACUAAUAAAUUAUGUGUUGAUAAGAAUAGCUGUAAUAAAGAUCUUAAAAACGAAAAUUUUAAUAGUAAUAAUAUUUUAAAUGACUCAAGUAAAAUGUAUGAAAAAAAAAAUUCUCAUACAGAUUUAAAUAUUCUUUCCAAUGAUACAUCUGUAUCACCAAUUAAAGAAAGAAAGAAAAAUGAUAAAACUAAAAAAGAAAUUAUAAAUAAUAAAGAUAGUGAUUCUGAUAAUGUAUUUGCUGAAAAUAAAAAAUUAAAAAAAAAUUGUACAAGAUACAUUACUGAAAAAGAUAUGUCUAGAUUAUAUAGGGAAUACUUGCAUAUAUUAAAAGAAAAAAAGAAAAAAGGCAAUUUAUCAAAAUUAAAAGAAUGUGAAUCCAAUGUAAAUAAUGUGAAUGAUAAUAUAUAUACAAACAACAAUGAUGAAUGUUUACCUUCAGAAAAUUAUUCCAUGAAUGAAGAAAUGGGAGAAGAGGCAAAAGAAGAAAGAAAUAAUAAAAUAUUAAAUGAAAACAAUAACAAAUAUGAUUAUACCAUAAAAGAUAACUUUGAAUUAUUACAUAGAAAAGUAGAGUGGUUUUAUCAUUGGUUUAUUGAAAGUGCAUCUAAUAUAGAAUAUGACUAUCGAUGGAGUGUAAUAUUACCAUAUAUAGUUUUUAAAUAUGAUAAUAACAAAAAAUUUUCUGAAAAUAAUUUUAUUGAUAAAUUAAAUUAUAAAAUCUCCAUUAAUAACAAUUUUACUUUUGAUUUUAAUGGUAAUAUUAAAGUAGAAAAAACAAGUGAAAAUAAUAAAAUAAACAGAGAAUGUACUAAACAAGGUAAAGAAAUUAUAGUGGAAACAGAAAAAGACCAAAAGAGGAAAAUAAAAGAAGAGAAAAAAACAGAAGAUGAAAAAAAACAAACAAAAAAACGUAUUUUAAUAGUAGAUGAUGAAGAAAAAAAGCAAAAAAAAAAAAAAAAAAAAGUUAAAAAAAUAGAAGAUUUGGAUGAGGAAAUGGAAAAAAAAGAAGAGGAACAAGAAGAAAGAGAAAAAAGAGAAAAGGAUAGUAAAGAAAAUUAUGAAUUAAAAAUUGUUAAUAAUAAUAAUACUACUACUACUACUAAGAAUAAUAAUAAUAAUGUUAAUAGUAAUAACAAUAGUAAUGAUAAAAGAAAUAAUAAUAAUAUAACAAAUUUUAUAAAUGAUGGAAAGGAAUAUGUAUUAACUAAUAUAGUAGUAAAAAAGGCAAUUGAAGAUACAUUGAAUAAUUUAGAAAUUAAAAAAGAAGAGGAUUAUUAUUCUUUUCAUAAUAAUUAUGAUGUUAUCUAUUUAUAUUCAGAUUUAGUAAAAAAAAAUGAAAAGAAAAAAGAUGAAAAAAAAAAAGAAAAAAGAGAAAUAAUAAUAGAAGAAAAUGAAGAAGAAAUUUGUCAUAAAGAAGAAAAUUGUUCAUAUUAUUUUUAUUUAUUUGGAUUAGCAACAACUUAUACAUUUUUCACAUUUCAAUUUGAUAGAAAUAGGAUAUCUCAAUUUUUAAUUUUUCCUCCAAUGCAAAAUAAAGGAUUAGGAAUGAAAGUUUUAGAAAAAAUUUAUCAUUUAUCAAUUGUUAAUAAUAAUAUACGAGAAAUAACAGUUGAAGAUCCAGCUAUAUCCUUUACUCAAUUAAGGGACAUUAUUACCAUUAAAAUUUGUAUUGAUUUAAAAAUAUUAUCACCAACUAUUUUGUAUCCAGAUGAAUAUUUAAAAACAAAAAAUAUCAAGAAAGAGAAUAUAGAAUUAGAUAAAAAAAGAUUUAUGAAGGUAUGCAAAGAAACACAUAAACAAAUUACUAGAAUGAUAGAAACUCUAUUACUCGCUAGUGUAUUACCGCACCCUGCUCCCAUAUAUAUAGAGAAUGAUGAAAAAUUUUCUAGUAUUAGAAAAAAAGAAAAAAAAAAUGAAAAUGUAAAUUAUGUAAAUUCUAUGGAGUAUUUUGAGUCUUCAGAUUUAUGUAAAGAUGUGAGAAUUAAAAUUAAGAAACGGAUAAAAAAUGAUUAUAUAGGAAACUUAAUUAAUAAAAAUAUGAACUGUAUGGCUAGUGAUGUAUUUAGAGAUUAUGUAAAGGAAGAAUUAUAUAAACUGUGGAAAAAACAAUGUAAAGUUUAUUAUAGGACCAUAAAAAAAUUGAGAUCAAUAUAUCCAUUAUAG